AUGGACACUCAGAAUGGUGAUGGUAGACAUAUUCGUGACGCAGAUGCUCUUUUCCUGGCGUCUGUGGAGGAGGGCAUCAACCUGUCAAUUGAGCUGAAAAAGACAUUGGUGUUGUUAAUCACCGAUGAUCAUGGAAGCAGUGGUGCUGGAGAGAUUCGAGACGAUUUAGGAUGGGGUUUAAAAUUGUUAUUGCAAGACAAUAACAAAACCAUCAACCCAAGUUUUUAUAUAGAUUCCGUUUUCUUGCAAAUUGAAAACAACACUGCUGAUUAUAAUAAUUUCAAGCACUUCAGCCAAAUAACUAACAAUAUUCAAAAAAUCACAUUUCCAUCUAUUUUUUUCAUUAAAAAUGGGAAAUUAUUGAAUAUAUUUAUCAAGAAAGAGAAUCCUAGCGAGGAAUAUAAUGAACAAGAUGAGUUUAAUAAAAGAGUUAAUAUGAUUUACCGCUAUAGCGAUGUAAUUAAUAAUAACAAUAAUAAUAAUAAUAAUAGUAAUAAUAAUAAUAACAAUAACAAUAAUAACAAUAACAAUAAUAACAAAACUACUAACAAAACUAUUAGUAAGAAUACAAAUACGAAUAAAAAUAAGAAUAAAAAUAAGAAUAAAAAUAAGAAUAAGAAUAGUAAUAAAACUUUGAAUAAAAAUAUCAAAAAAGAUUAUGACUAUUGUAUAUUAUCAAUCAGACUAUUAGACGGGCAUACCAUCAAAAAUGAAUUCAAGCCAGAUGACACAUUAUUAAACGUCCGGGGCUUUCUUGAAAAUGAACUAAUAUAUUAUAAUAAUAAUAACGGCAAUAUCAAUAAACCGUUUGUCUUUUAUCAACAUUUAGAAAGAAAAACCUUAUCAAUCAGAGAAGAAUCAAUGACUUUGAAGGACUUGGAUUUGCUACCUAGAUCUGUAUUAAUUUUGAAACCAACAAAUUCAAAUAACUAUUCAAACGCUUAUAAUAACAACAGCAACAAUUAUAAUUACAAUUAUAACAAUUCAAUAUUUGGUAAAAUAUCAAACGCCAUCUGCUCGUUGUUUGGCUACAACACAAAUACUGAUGCAGAUAGAAUUAUAAAUACCGAUAUUGAUGCUAAUUCCAAUCCCACUACUACCACUGGUACUGAUAAUAAUAACAACAAUAAUAAAAUUAAUUUCGAUGCUAAUAAUGAUAACAAUGAUAAUAAUAACGAAAAUAAUAACGCUAGUAAUGGUAGCAUCACCACAGAUAAUAUCAAUACCACUGACACUCAUAAUGACACUCAUGAUGACGCCCGCAACGACACUCAUAAUGAUACACAAAAUGAAAAUAAAACUUCUACUAGCAGUGACAACACUAAAAAUGAGGCAAAAGACAAGAGAAGAAAUGCAGCUAUCACUUGCAACGUUCCCGAUGACAAGAUCAGCACAAACAUAAUCAACCGCCAUCCCCAUGCCCACGCCCACAACCACGCUCACAUCAAACACAUGCCCAAGAAACCUGCUUUAUCCAACACCAACAGCAGCAACGAGCUCCACGGCUCGAACAUGUUCCAUGGCAACUUGAAUCUCUCGCAAUCGUCGCUCUUCUCCAUUCCUACCUCUUCAGCACACAACCUCAGCACCGAGUUCACAAUGCACUCGAACCUCUCGAACUCCAGGGUCCGCACCCUCAACGACGAUGCCGACGGAACCGGCACCAAAGAUGCCUCCAGCACCAAGAAGGACGACGACAGAGUCACCUACAACGGCAACCAGUUGAAUCUCCAGGACGAUGGGAGGGACUAG